AAAGGGGAGCAGUUAGGAUCACUAGGGGUCAGAGGAGGAGGAGGGAGGAGAGGAGGAAGAGGAGGGAGCCAGUUAAUGCACCUAAGUCAGUCGAUGGACAGAGCAGUAGUUGAAGCCGCAGAGAGGACAGCUAGAGUGCUGGAGACCUUGAGGAGAGCAGAGGCAAACAGAACCUCAGUGCAGGGCCUGGGGAGUAAGGGCACUACUUGCUCCACCUAUAGCCCAUCCACUCAUUCAGCAACCAGCAUUCCCUCAUUGACGGACUCAGAAUGGCAAACUUUCAAUGCAUAUAACAAAUCGGCAUGGAUCAAACACACCCAAGACCCUUGGAUCUCAUCAGGUUUCCUGGAUUCAGUAGACAUGAAAAUUGAGCCUUUAGGCAGCAACCACUGUCUGCCAUCAAAGAGCCUAGGAGCCACAGAGCUCCAGGUGGAUGAGGAAUCCCUGCAAGGGCUCCAGGGCAAGGGCUCCAACUUGCAGUCUGGCAAGAGAAACAUUUUCUAUGACCAGAAGCAGCAGUGGCAGCAAAGGCUGGAUGCUUACCGCCUGAAGCAGCAGCGGCGGCUGCAGCGGCUAGAAGACACCUUCAGGUGCUACAACAUAGACCCCAACUACGCGAUACCCAGAGAGAAGGGACGGCGGCCAUUACCAAGGUUGAGGACAGAGGAGGCUGAGCGCUGGGAGAGCAAGAUCCCUGAAAGGGAGUUGAGUCAUAUCCAGAGACACAUCCACCGAACUGAGAGAGCCAGAGGCCUCCGGGACAAGUGCCAACUGGUGGCCCUGGACAUUCCCAGUGAGGUGGGGCUCCCCAAAAAAGCAGCUGCUGAGAAGAAGGAAGUGACCAUCACAGAUGAACAGAUGGCAAUUAGGAGGAUAAACAGCAAGCGACAGAUGGCCAAGGUGACUGAGCAGAUCAAGGAACAUCAGGACCGGAUGCUGCGAGGCCGUAGGCUCACGGAGCAGAGAAGAGCAGAGAAGGAGGCAAGCAGGAUUCCCAGCCAGAUCCUUCCUCUGCGCACACAGCUCAGGGGCAGAAGGACCUUCCAAGAUUCCAGAUAGGAGAAGUGGGUCACCACCUUCCCAGUCCCUGAGGACCCAGGUGGCAGAAAAGAUGGAGAAGUCCACCCAGGAGGAGCCCAGGCAGAGCCCACCCCCCGAAAGGGUAUUCCUGAA